GACAGGGUACACAUUUAGUUGGGGAAAUACCGCAGUAGGCAUUUUUAUCCCGAAAACAUUAAAUUAUUUGCCAAAAUAUCAAGUUUAAUAAUAGUAGUUUUAUUAGGUUUCUUCAAACUAAUUUCGAGCAGACGAUGAGCUUUGCUCUUAGAUUGGGAUCUUCAAUCGGGUGUUUUCACCGUACGAUCUUAGGUCGUGACAUAAUUCAAAGGAAAAGUCAUGUGGUAUCUUACCGCAAUGGCCCCCCUCCCCAUUCAAAGGCAACUAAAAUUGGUGCUUUAACUGUUGGAGGAGCUAUGUGGUGGUGGGUAAUCUGGCACUUAUGGCAUGAACCUGACCAUAUAACGGGGGAAUUUGAUUAUCCUAACUCAAGGAAAUGGAGCAACACAGAGUUGGGUGUUCCAAAGGAUGGAUUUUAAACAUUAUAUGUCCAAGCUUACUCCAUAAAUAUUGAUUAAAA